AUGGCUGGCAGCAAGCUUCUCGUCUACCUACUGCGACGCGACCUCAGAGUAUCCGAUAAUCCAAUUUUCCACCACCUGGCAACCACGAAAGACCAUGGCUUCACGCACGUCUUGCCAAUCUACGUCUUUCCCCACCAUCAGAUCGAAAUUGGCGGGUUGCUGAAGGACGGAGAGCAGUCACCCUAUCCCCAGGCUUUAAGUCAGGUAGCUGGCUUCUGGCGAUGCGGUCCGCACCGAGCCAAGUUCGUUGCUGAAUCUGUGUGGGACGUCAAGAAGACUCUGGAGAGCCUGGGAAGCACGCUAGUCAUCCGCGCAGGGAAAACGGCCGAUGUCCUCGACAAUAUCAUCAAAAGUUUUGGAGAGCAGGGCCAGCAGGUCAGCGAUGUAUGGAUGACUGCCGAGAAGUCAUUUGAGGAAUUAAGAGAAGAGGAGGAAGUGGACGCCGUGUGUAAAAAGAACGGGACAGGCUUCAAGCUGUGGGCUGACGAGAAGUACUUUGUGGACGAUCGCGACACUGGUCUGGAGAAACCGUCAGAUCUGCCAGAUGUAUUCACGUCGUAUCGGAAGAACCAGGAGCCUUUACGCGAGCGGCCUCGACCUGUGCUACCGCUGCCAGAAAAGGGAGUCCUGCCAGGCGUGCCGGAAUCAAUACCACCACAACCACAUCCGUUUGUCGAAGCAACCAGAUUGGACGACCUCGAACAGCGCUUACUGUCACCACUCACCACCAUGCUUCCUGAGCCGCCCGCGUAUCCAGAGGGGGCCGAGUCCGCACAUCCUCUAAAAGGGGGCGAGACCAACGCCCAUGACCGUCUGCGCUAUCUCAUCACAUCCGGGGGCAUGACUUCGUACAAGGAGACUCGCAAUGGCCUUGUCGGCGUAGAGUUUAGUACCAAAUUGUCCGCGUAUCUAGCACUCGGGUGCAUAUCUGCCCGGCAAGUGCACAAGGAGCUGAAGGAUCUGGAAGAUGGCACCAACCCCGACUACGCGUCCGCAAAUGGCUAUGGCGAGGGCGAGAACGAAGGUACCAAGGGCGUGCGCUUCGAGUUGCUCUGGCGCGAUUAUAUGCGCCUCUGUACGCGCAAGUUUGGCUCUCGCCUGUUUCGACUGUCUGGCUUUCGACAAGACGAGUCGUAUAACAAGAAGUGGAAGACUCCCCGAAAGGACGCAGCCCACCAGGACCAGUCGCCAGCGCCGGAGGAGGUCAAUCGAGUGCUUCAACGUUUUCUCGAGGGCACUACAGGCCAGGGUCUGAUCGAUGCCUCGCAGCGCGAGUUGUUCCACACUGGCUACACGUCGAACCGGGCGCGCCAGAAUGUCGCCAGCUUCCUUGCUAAGCACAUGAGCAUAGACUGGCGCUAUGGCGCCGAGUGGUACGAGAUGCACCUGGUCGACUAUGAUGUGUCAUCCAACUGGUCGAACUGGCAGUACGUCGCAGGUGUUGGCAAUGAUCCUCGCGGCGAUGCGCGCAUCUUCAAUCCAGUCAAGCAAGCCUUUGACUAUGAUAAAGAAGGCGUGUACGUGAAGACGUGGGUGCCCGAGGUUCGGGACCUGGAGAGCUUGGAGAACAUCUUCCAGCCCUGCACCGCGAAGCAGGCCGACCUGGAGAGGAUUGGACUCGCCGAGCACAAGAUGGUGACGGAUCCGAUCAAGAGGAUUGACUUUACUCUCGACCGCAAGCCCAAGGGACCUCGAAAGUCAUUUCCCAGGAAACGUGGACAAGGUCGAGGCGGUCGAGGCGGUGGGAGUAAUGGUCAGGGGUCCGAUGGGUCGAACUCAGGAGGCAGCGGCGGGAACGCCAAGGUCCAACAGAACGGCAGGCCUGGGGGCAAUAAUGGCAAUGGUCAUCAGCAGGGGGCGUUCCGCGGUCGAGGACAACGAUUUCAAUACAACACCCACACGCCUAACGGAGGCUACACCCAUCCGCCAAACCACAAUGGCUACGGGGGGCACAUGUACCCGCAACAGCAGCCGCAGUAUCCCGAUGUUUGGUAUGGGAACGGGUUCAACGACAACAGCAAUAUGAGAGGGCGAGGAUCCAAUGGCUACCGAGGGCGAGGCGGGUGGCGCGGCAACGCAGCUUACAACCAACCUCGUGGUUAUGACUAUGGAGGCUAG